GGACGCGGUCACUUCCGGAAGCGGCGGAGUCCGGACGCCGAGCCGCUUUUCCAGUGCAGCGGGUGGGCUGGUCGCUGUCACCUGGGCGGUGGUCCGCUCUGGUCUCGCGCAGGGAAAGCCCUGCAUUUCUUUUGGUUCUUGGUGGCAGCGGAAUCCACUAUCCAACAUGUCGAGCAAAAAGGCAAAGAAGACCACAAAGAAGCGUCCUCAACGAGCAACUUCCAAUGUAUUUGCCAUGUUUGACCAGUCACAGAUUCAAGAAUUCAAGGAGGCUUUUAACAUGAUUGAUCAGAACAGAGAUGGUUUCAUCGACAAAGAAGAUUUGCAUGAUAUGCUUGCUUCCUUGGGGAAGAAUCCAACUGAUGCAUACCUAGAUGCUAUGAUGAGUGAGGCUCUAGGUCCAAUAAACUUCACCAUGUUUCUUACUAUGUUUGGUGAGAAAUUAAAUGGAACAGAUCCAGAAGAUGUAAUUCGAAAUGCUUUUGCUUGCUUUGAUGAAGAGGCAACAGGCACCAUUCAGGAGGAUUACCUGAGAGAACUACUGACAACAAUGGGGGACCGAUUUACAGAUGAAGAAGUAGAUGAGCUGUAUAGAGAAGCACCUAUUGACAAAAAGGGAAAUUUCAAUUAUAUUGAGUUCACACGCAUCCUUAAACAUGGAGCAAAAGACAAAGAUGACUGAAAGGCAUCUCCCAUCUGUCAGUUAUUCCUGUUUCACUUAUGAAUCAUUCCAUUCCCAAGACUCCUUUUUUCUCCCUGGUAGAACCUGCUGCAUAUACUUAGCUUCACAGCCUUGGCUUUUCUUUAUGUAUUUAUUCUAGGCCCUUCUACCAUAAUGUGUUUGUGUAAUCAGACUGGAAAUGGGGAUGAUGUAAAUUGUUUUGAAAAGAGAGAAUUGAAAAAAAAAUCAAUGAAUGUGAAAGCCCAGAAAAAAAGAAUCUCAAUAUUUCUGGUUUUGCUGGAUUUUUACAUUUUUAUAAUAUAAAUGCUAUUUUGAAAUAAAGAUUAUGUCAAUUCAAAGUAAAAUAUCAUGGCAAGUUAAACAGAUGUGUAGGGGUUUUGGGAACUAUUUUGGGGAGAUUUUCAACUUGGUUCAAAUCACAUGGUCAAGCUGGUUUGCCAAUGUGAAUAUUGAACAGUGUAUAUCUGGACUUUAUUUAACAUUAAUGUGAAGUAAAAACUGUUAUACCUACUUGGACUUUUGUUAUGCUUUUAGUAAGUUCAGAAUGUUAGAUUAUCAAUUACAUAAUUAGUUAAAUUUUUCAGAAGAUUUUUUUUACUUAGCAUUUUACCAUUUAAGUUUAAUCCCAGAACAUAAGGAAAAUAUCCUCCAUUUGCCCACAAGCCCUAAAUGACUAAAAUUCAUAUCCACUGAAAUGAGAGCUCUUUCAGGGCCUGUAUGGCCAAUCCUAAUUUAAGUAAAGAAUAUAUGGGUCAUUGCUCAUGGCACCACUGAUUUAUUCCUAGAUGUCUGGGAGCUGAAGCAGCUGCAGAUUAUCCCAUGUAUGUUUAGAAAUGAUAUUGACCAGGUUAUGGCAAGAAAAAUAUGCUGCUUUUUAGGUAGCUUCUAAGGUGCUGAAAGUAUAAGUUGAAAUAAUGUUAUUUAAGGGGAAAACUGGAAAAUCAAGACCAAAGAACUUGAUUACUAGCAUUUUUACACCAAAUAACCCUUGUGAUAUAAUGAAUUAAAUUUUAUUAACAUUUCCUUAUGAACCUUCAAUCAGUACUGCUCAGCUUUCUCAAAGGGAUUGUUUUAUGUUUUAAUUAUGACGAUAUACAACUGCAUCUGAUAAAGUAAUUGCAUUUAUUCAAGGGAAGGGGCAUCACUCAUUUCCAUUGCCUUAGGCAAUAAUAUUGUAGCACGGUUCUGCUUUUAGACCUGAGUGUCCUUGGCAAUUCAUAUUAGACUUAGGAAGAGACUUUGAUUCAGCCCAGCAGAAGAGGCAUGGGAUUCCAGACAAUAGUAUUGUCGUCGGAUCUGCUAUGCUCAUUUGUAAUUUGUAGAGAAAUGUAUACAGAUGUUAAAAAUGCACAACAUCCAUGGCACAAGCCUACUAAGAACACAUAUCAAAUACCUCUCAAGUCAUAGGGCAAUCUUGACCACAUAGAGCAUUGAUAAGUCAGAGCCAUCCAGAGGAAGGGAGUCACAGGAUAUGAGAGUAUGACAGUGGGGACUUUUGAUAGUUACCAUAUGUUCAUGUUUUACAAUCUUUACUUCUUCCUAAGAAUGUUAUUACUUCUUUUUAUUAAAGCCAUAGUUUUGUUAACAUCAAUUUACGAUUGUUUCACUGUUUACAAAUCACUUUUGUAUAAACUAAUCCUCAUAACUGAGGCUAGGAUAGACAAGUAUUAUCGAGUAAUACUUUUCACAAAGUUAUUGUUAUUAAAUGGCAAACCACUUUUAGUUCCAUACGUAAUCGAUUUCAUUCCUUAAAUGCUUACAUUCCCGACUGCCACUUACUAGCUGUGUGACUUGAGCAAGUCAUUUCACAUCUCUGGGUCUCAGUUUCUUCAUCUGUCAAGCAAAUUGACUAGAUGAUUCUUAAGAUCUCAUGCUGUAACAUUCUAAUUCUAUUAAUGUUUAAGAAGAAAAAAAAACCCCUCGAACUACCCUUGACUUAAAGGGGAAAUACCUUGCCUUCCUGUUAACAGUUAGCCCUGUCACCUUCCUCCCACAGUUGUGACUUCAUUCUUGCCGUCUCUGCAACUUGGAGUCAAAUAUGCAAUAACUCAAAAUGUAAAAACUCAGCAAAACCUGUUAACGUGAAAAAUUAAAAAAGAAACACAGCAUCUGUCUUGUAAUGCUUUGUUACUGCGUUUGCUUCACGGCCCUUACAAGUGGUGUGUGGGGGGAGGUGUGAUGGAGGGGAAGCUGAUUAAAAUCAAACACUAUAUAUUCAUUACCUGCCACAGAAUCUUGUGUAUUUUAGGUGUGUAAUAAAUGUUACUGGCGUGAGAGUA